AUGGAAUCCUUAAGGAGGAAGAGGAAGGGCCUUGAAAUCUUGCCUUCAUCUUUCAAGUCCCUUGCUUCAUUAACAGUAAUUUUGUCGCACUUGUCAUUGGGAGAUUAUUCAAGGCAAAGGAAGAAGUAUAAGGAAGAUGAGGAUAGAGAAGUUGUUGGCUCUGGUAGAAGUGUAGUUAAAGGCUUUUUAACUGCUCCACCUUGUAAGAGGGUCUCUGCAGAUCCACCUUGUAGGGGUAUUAAGAGGAAAAUUGGGUGUAUUGAUGUGGCAACUCAGUUGGGCAGGAAGAAAAAAAUUGAGAAAGAUUACGACUUGGGUACGUCUAUAGGGCAAGGGAAGUUUGGGUCGGUAGUUUUGUGUAGAAGUAAAGUGACCGGAGAAGAGUUUGCAUGCAAAAUGUUGCGCAAGGGUGAGGAGCUUGUGCAUCGGGAAGUGGAGAUUAUGCAGCACCUCUCAGGUCAUCCUGGUGUAGUGACAUUGAAGGCAGUGUAUGAGGAUUUAGAAUCCUUUUAUCUUGUGAUGGAGCUCUGCACUGGGGGACAAUUGCUGGACCAGAUGGCUAAGGAAAGACAGUAUCCAGAGCAUAGAGCUGCUAAUAUACUCAAGGAAGUGGUUUCAGUUAUCAAAUAUUGCCAUGACAUGGGUGUUGUUCAUCGCGACAUAAAGCCAGAGAAUAUCCUUGUCGCAACCUCUGGGCAGAUGAAGCUUGCGGACUUUGGUCUAGCUGUGAGGAUGUCAAACGGUCAGAGCCUCAGAGGUGCGGUUGGAAGUCCUGCCUAUGUUGCCCCAGAAGUUUUAACUGGUGGUUAUUCAGAAAAGGUUGAUAUCUGGAGUGCUGGCGUCCUCCUUCAUGCUUUGUUGGUUGGUGUGCUUCCAUUUCAAGGUGAUUCAUUGGAUGCUGUGUUUGAUGCUAUUAAGAAGGUCAACCUUGAUUUCAAAAGUGAUUUAUGGGAAUCAGUAUCUCAACCUGCACAGGAUUUAGUUGCUCAUAUGCUGAUGAGGGAUGUUUCAGCAAGACUAACUGCUGAUGAAAUACUAGGACAUCCAUGGAUCUUGUUCUAUACAGAACCAACACAGAUGGAACUAACCCGAAAACCAACGUUUCAAGACCAUGUAACACUGACUUCACAACAGCUAACUGUCACAACUAGGUUGGAGUCAGAGAGAUACAAGAUAACAGCCAGUGGUUUUCUCAGUGAUGACUCUAGCAUAAUUUUAUCAUCUGAUGAUUCAAGGUCAAGGUUGGAAGAACAAGACUGUGGAUUGGUUGAUGCUCUCACAGUAGCAAUAUCACGUGUGAGGAUAUCUGAACCAAAGAGAAGCAGUCGAACUGGGUGGAAUUUUUGGGAUCUAAUUGCUGAUGUUGAGUAG